UAAACACCAAACUGACCACGCCAUUAUACAGAGGCACGCCAUGUCUCAUUGCGAAGUGGCUUCGAAGCCACUGUUGAGGUAUCUACGACAAUCGUCUGCAAACAAGUUCUCAAUCUCCUCGCUACAGUCGAAACGCCUAUUCCAGACGACAGCCGUGUCGCACGAUGAAGCCGCCGUCGAGAACAAACCACAACCUUUUUACAAGAAUCCGGAUCCUGCAUUGGUAUCGAGCCCUCGGUUGGAAAGAAGACUUUUGAAAUCAGGUGUAACGCCAAUUGGUUCUCGAAGGCGUCGUGCUGCCCUUCAAGCUUCGGAGAACAUCCCUUUCGAACUUCUUCCGUAUCAAUGUUUCCAGGAAGCACGCAAGGUCCUUCAGGCGGACCGUGAGGAUAAAUUGAAAGAUAUUGCUAGAGAACAGGAUCGUAUUGAUCGGUUACGGGCUCUGUCUGAUGAUGAAGCUGGAGGUGCGAAUGUCAAGAGGUCCAAACUCGGAGCCAUGGAGAAACAUUUGGAAAACUUAAAGAUUUGGGCCGAUAUCAAUGACCCAGUGGUCAAGAGGAAAUUCGAAGAUGGACAAGGUGACAUGAACCUGCCAAUUUACCGACACUUGGCGGACAAAAAGUGGAGGGAAUACCGACGCUUGAUCAUUAUUCAAAGAAUCACGCAGAUGAAAGUCAUUCCUGAUGUUCUUCCUUCUUGCGACCCGACCGUUGAUGUCAAGCUAUAUUUUGAUGGCACAGCUAUUGCUCCUGGAUCAUUUGUCGAUUCCAGACUUAGCAUGACCGCGCCAAAGUUGAAUGUUCAAUCAUUCGAGGCCGGGCAAAAGCUCGUCACGAUCGCCGUCGUCAACCCGGAUAUUCCCAAUGUCGAGACAAACGGCUUCGAUUAUCAAUGCCACUAUCUCGCCGUCAACGUUCCCAUCUCUCCCACCGACACACAUGUUGAUCUGGCCAAGUUGCCAGAAACCGCGGAGACAUUGCUCUCAUGGCUUCCACCAGCAGCUCAAAAAGGUAGUCCCUACCACCGUCUAUCCUUCUUUGUGAUGGAGCAAAAGGGCAACCAGCCAUUAGACGCUGCUGCCAUUAAGAAUGGCCUCGAAAGACAUGACUUCCGUCUUCGAACCUUACAAUCCAAGCACCACUUGAAACCCGUCGGUGCUGCGCUCUUCCGUACCCAGUGGGAUGAGAAUACUGAUGCAGUUAUGAAGGAGCUGGGCACGGAUAUUGCUGGUAUUGAGCUACGCAGGAAGAGAGUUGAACCUCUACCUUAUAAGCGGAGAAACCCAGCUUCGUUCCGAUGA